ACCGCGAAGGACCACACGGAAAUCUGCAGCAAUGGCGGCGUCUGAAAACAAUGUGGAUCUGAAGCGCAAAGCUGAUGAUAGACAGGAUGGAGACGGAGAUGAAGAAGAGGCAGAAUGGGUCGGACCCAUGCCGAGCGAAGCCACAAAGACCAAGAAAAGAAAAGUACUCGAGUACGAGCGUGUUUAUCUGGACAACCUCCCAUCGGCUGCAAUGUAUGAACGGAGCUACAUGCACAGAGACGUUAUCACACAUUUAGUCUGUUCCAAGACAGACUUCAUAAUCACAGCCAGCCAGGAUGGUCAUGUCAAGUUUUGGAAGAAGAAGGAGGAGGAGGGAAUAGAGUUUGUGAAACACUUUCGAAGUCAUCUCGGUGUGGUAGAAAGCAUUGCGGUCAGUGCUGAAGGAGCCCUUUUCUGUUCCGUUGGUGAUGAUCAGGCCAUGAAAGUCUUUGAUGUGGUCAACUUUGACAUGAUUAAUAUGCUCAAGUUGGGCUUUCAUCCAGGCCAGUGUGAAUGGAUCUAUAAUCCAGGUGAUGCCAUUUCCACAGUGGCCUGUUCAGAGAAGUCUACAGGGAAGAUCUUUGUCUACGAUGGAAGGGGAAGCAACGAACCCUUCCAUGUCUUUGACAAGAUGCACACCUCGCCGCUGUCCCAAAUCCGCUUGAAUCCCAAAUUUAGAGUCAUUGUGUCUGCAGACAAAGCAGGAAUGCUGGAGUACUGGACAGGCCUUCCAAAUGAAUUCAAAUUCCCCAAACAUGUGGAAUGGGAAUACAAAACGGACACGGACUUGUAUGAAUUUGCCAAACACAAAACCUACCCCACCAGCCUCGCCUUUUCCCCCGACGGGAAGAAGAUGGCAACCAUUGCUUCUGACCGGAAAGUCAGGAUCUUCCGUUUCCUCACAGGAAAACUGAUGAGAGUGUUUGAUGAAUCACUAACGAUGUUCACAGAGCUUCAGCAAAUGAGGCAGCAGCUGCCCGACAUGGAGUUUGGGAGGAGAAUGGCUGUGGAGAGAGAACUGGAGAAGGUGGAUGGUAUUCGACUGACCAAUAUCAUCUUUGAUGAGACUGGCCACUUUGUUCUGUAUGGGACCAUGCUGGGCAUCAAGGUCAUCAAUGUGGAAACCAACAGAUGUGUGCGGAUCCUCGGGAAGCUUGAGAACAUCCGUGUGGUCCAGCUGAGCCUAUUCCAGGGGGUGGCCAAGGCCAUGCAUGUGGCGCCCACCGUGGAGAUGAAAGCGUCCGAGAACCCGGCCUUGGAGAACGUAGAGCCUGACCCGACCAUCUUCUGCACCGCAUUUAAGAAGAACCGCUUCUACAUGUUCUCAAAGAGAGAACCAGAGGACACAAAGAGUGCAGAUUCAGACAGAGACAUCUUCAAUGAGAAGCCCUCGAAGGAGGAGGUGAUGGCCGCCACGCAGGCCGAGGGCCCCAAGAGAGUGUCUGACAGUGCCAUCAUCCACACCACCAUGGGAGACAUCCACAUUAAGCUUUUCCCCGUGGAAUGCCCAAAAACUGUGGAGAACUUCUGCGUGCACAGCAGGAACGGCUACUACAACGGUCACAUAUUCCACAGAGUGAUUAAGGGUUUUAUGAUUCAGACAGGCGACCCCACAGGCACAGGCAUGGGAGGAGAGAGCAUCUGGGGAGGGGAGUUUGAGGACGAGUUUCACGCCACACUGAGACACGACCGCCCGUACACACUCAGCAUGGCCAACGCAGGCGCCGGCACCAACGGCUCGCAGUUUUUCGUAACUGUUGUGCCCACUCCUUGGCUCGAUAACAAGCACACUGUGUUUGGACGAUGUACAAAAGGGAUGGAGGCAGUGCAGAGGAUCUCCAAUGUCAAAGUGAACCCCAAGACUGACAAACCGUACGAAGACAUCAGCAUUAUCAACAUCACUAUAAAGUGAUUGGAUGUCUCCAUCACAUCCUGUACAGUGCUUUUUUUUAAACUGAGUUAUUAAAUAAUACUGAGUGUUAA